AUGGGAAUAACGGGUCCCACCACCUGGUUAGGGUUAGUGGUGGUGGUGGCUCUAUUUUAUGGCGCAGAGGGUUUUGUCGGCAUAAUUUGGAGGAGGAUGAGCGUCCAACGGCUGCUCCCCUCGCAGGUGGUGGAUUUGAUGCUUCAGAAUGGGAUAAAAAACAUGAGGAUCCCCCACUCAGUCAGUGUCCAUAGGGGCAGGAAUCUACUGCUUCAAUUGGGGAGGCUUGUUUGCCCUGACUAUGACCUCAACUGGGGAGCCCUCAACUAUGUCCAAACCGCGCUAAACGAGGUUGGUCUCGGCCGGACCAAGGCCAACAUAGUGCAUUGCGCCGCCGAACUCAUUCCCAACAUCACCAACCCCUCUGAGGCCGCCUUCCACGAUAUCAUCAAGGAUAGGAUGUCCCAGUUCCUGCGCUUCAUGCGCCAACACAACGCACCCUUCCAGUACGACUACUUCGUAUGGGCGCUCGAGAAGCUUAACUUCUCUGACAUCAAGGUUGUUGUCAUGGCGGUGGGCUGGCCCACCGACGGCUACCCUGGAGCGAGCGCUUACAACACUGAGCGUUACUAUAAGUACUUAUUGCCGAUGGUCACAUCCAACAAGGGCUCCCUCAUGCGCCCGGGGGCUCCCAUUGAUGUGUUUAUUAACUCCUCAACUAAUGAGCCCAAGCAGAGGAUUGACGUGCUCGCUCCUUUCGAUCGCCAUUUGGGGGAUUUACAAUUGAAUGGGCAACCCAAGUUCAAGGUUGACCUGUCAGGCCGAGGCCGAGAUAUUUACCCCACCACAGUGAAGGGAAUCAUGCACAUGCCAAAACGCUGGUGUGUCUUCAAUGGGAACUCCACGGAUAAGGAUAAGGAUGAGAAAGCUUGUAAUUUCGAGGGGCUUUCCUGCAUCACCGACCAAGAUCCCUCAACGGAGGACUGCUUGUUCCCAGUUGAGGUGGUCAGAGGGUAA